AGAGGGGCGGGGCAGGAAGGAAUCCAAGGCUGGGGACAGGGGCAGGCCAUGUCUGGGCCUGACUCGAGGCGGUUUACCAGCUGGUAGGGCCCCUGGGUUCUCUGGACCAGAGGACUGGGCAGCAGCGGGACGCCUCUGGAACAGGUCGGGCUGUGAACAAACUGGCCUGGUUAGGGAACGGGGCGGAGUUGAGGGCUGUUGUGGGGAGGUUGGCUACACCUCUGGCGGGUGUGUAUUUGCUUCCUUUGCCCGCCCUGCAAAGUGCUGGUGAGUUUCAAAUCCACUCAUUGCUCCACUACAUCAGCCGAUCAGAAGUGAGUGGGAAGUCCCAGGAGAGGACUACCUCCCUGCUCUUGGUUCUUAGAGUCGUCGGGACCACUGUGAUUCUCAUUGCCCUGAAGAAAAUGAGCUUAGAGAAGAAAGAUCGCAUCACCUUACAGGACCCUGAAGCCAAGUACCCCCUGCCCUUGAUUGAAAAGGAGCAAAUCAACCACAACACUCGAAGGUUCCGCUUUGGAUUGCCCUCACCGGACCAUGUCUUGGGGCUCCCUGUAGGUAACUAUGUCCAUCUCUUGGCCCAAAUUAACAAUGAAUUGGUAAUUAGGGCUUACACUCCUGUCUCUAGUGAUGAUGAUAAAGGCUUUGUGGACUUCAUUAUAAAGAUCUACUUCAAAAAUGUACACCCCAAGCAUCCUGAAGGGGGAAAGAUGACUCAGUACUUAGAGAACAUGAAAAUUGGGGACACCAUCCUUAUCCGAGGGCCAACAGGGCGCCUGUUCUACCACAAGCCAGGUUACCUUACAGUCAAAACAGACAAAAAGAGUGAGCCUGAAGGAAAACAGGUUCAUCACCUGGGGAUGAUUGCUGGGGGCACAGGCAUCACACCCAUGCUGCAGCUCCUUCGCCACAUCACCAAGAACAGCAGUGAUGGGACCAAGAUGUCCCUCCUCUUUGCCAACCAGACAGAAGAGGAUAUCUUGCUGAGAAAGGAGCUGGAAGAAACUGCCACGACUCACCCUGACCAGUUCAACCUGUGGUAUACCCUGGACAGGCCUCCCGAUGGCUGGAAGUACAGCUCGGGGUUUGUCACUGCUGACAUGAUCAAAGAGCACCUCCCUCCCCCUGGGGAGACCACACUGAUCCUGGUGUGUGGUCCACCACGUAUGAUCCAGGAUAUGGCUUACCCUAGCCUGGAACAGCUCGGCUAUACCAAGGACAUGAUUUUUACCUAUUAACACCUCCGAUAAUCCUUGGCGGGUCCCUCUCCUGUUUCAGAGUGAGUUUGACUUCACCCUGUUCACUGUUCACCUACAGUAUUUGCAAAGUGGCUCUCCAUGUACCCUUGGGCACGGUGCUGGUCUCUUGGGUGUAGACCUAAGAAGAGUUCAGAGGAUUGGGUGUUCUGGGGGGCUUCCAGGCUUGGAGGCUGGGCAUGAUGCCUUUCUCCCAGUUUCGUGUAAUAAACUGGACUGCCCUGCACUUA